AUGGCUUCAAGAAAACUAAACAAAGAGGACGACGAGUCGCUUGAUGAUAGUGAGCAAAUUGAAUUGGUCGCUACGGUGUCGAUUAAAACCAUUGUCACCUCUUCUCUCACCAGUGAUGGGGCCGCCAAUCCUAUGGCAUUUAAUAAGAACAUCGUGGAAGGGAUUUUGAAAUUCCAAGCUUCAUGUCAAUAG